ACCCCACGCGUACACUGAUAUCUCCCUCUCCCUCUCCCUCUCCCUCUUUCAUCGUUUUCUCCGUCCUCAUCUCUUCUUAUACGGAGUAUUGUUUUUGCCUUUCCUCAGUUUCUUCUCUAUUGAAUCUGCGUACCCUUUCUAUUGCUUGGUUUUCUGUAAAGCGCCCGUCUCCUUUUUCAUCGCCCAAGGCGUAAUAGAAGAAGAAGAAGAAGAAGGAUGGCUUCCUCUUUAUCUUUCGUGCAGCCCCUCAACUCCUUCACUAGAUCCGCUGACAAACCGCUCUUUGCAGAUCCCUUUAAGCCCGCGUCCUCUUUUUUCGGAUCUUCAUCUUCCAUCAAGCUUCCAUCGGACAACCAGCUCUUCGCUUCUCCUCGAUUUCGCCGCAUAUCCACCCGUGUCCUAGCCAUUUCCGAUGUUGUCAAGGAAACCAAGCUCAAUUCCCCCGCCUCCCCCUCCAAAUCGUCAAUUUCCAAGCAAGAAGGAUUGGUGUUGUUCGAGGAUAUGGUUCUGGGGAGGGCAUUUGAGGACAUGUGUGCCCAGAUGUACUAUAGGGGAAAAAUGUUUGGUUUUGUGCACUUGUAUAAUGGACAGGAAGCAGUUUCCACUGGAUUCAUAAAGCUCUUGAAGAAAGAAGACUUUGUGGUCAGCACUUACCGUGAUCAUGUCCAUGCAUUGAGCAAGGGUGUUCCUGCCCGUGAAGUGAUGAGUGAACUCUUCGGCAAGACCACCGGCUGUUGCAGAGGUCAGGGUGGGUCCAUGCACAUGUUCUCCAAGGAGCAUAACCUUCUUGGCGGGUUUGCUUUCAUAGGUGAGGGCAUUCCGGUUGCCACAGGGGCUGCCUUUUCUUCAAAGUAUAAGAGGGAGGUUUACAAGGAUGAGGGUUGUGAUCAGGUUACUCUUGCCUUUUUCGGUGACGGGACUUGCAACAAUGGCCAGUUCUAUGAGUGUUUGAACAUGGCUGCAUUGUGGAAACUGCCUAUAAUCUUUGUUGUCGAAAAUAACCUGUGGGCCAUUGGUAUGUCCCACUUGAGGGCUACUUCUGACCCAGAGAUUUGGAAAAAGGGACCGGCGUUUGGCAUGCCAGGGGUUCACGUUGAUGGUAUGGACGUGUUGAAGGUGAGGGAGGUGGCUGAGGAGGCUAUUGGCAGAGCUAGGAGAGGGGAAGGUCCUACUCUGGUGGAGUGUGAUACAUACAGGUUCAGGGGGCACUCUUUGGCUGACCCCGAUGAGCUGCGUGACCCUUGUGAGAAGAGUCAGUAUGCAUCACGUGAUCCCAUCACUGCAUUGAAGAAUUACUUGUUUGAUAACAAUCUUGCAACCGAAGCAGAAUUGAAGAGUAUUGAAAGAAAAAUAGAAGAGGAGGUUGAAGAGGCUGUUGAGUUCGCUGAUAAAAGCCCCGUGCCUGCUCGUAGCCAGCUACUUGAAAAUGUAUUUGCAGAUCCAAGGGGUUUCGGAAUAGGGCCUGAUGGAAGGUACCGAUGUGAGGAUCCCAAGUUCACUGAGGGCACCGCUCAAGUAUAAAAAUCCCUCCAUUCUCUGGGCAACAGCAUUGCCUUUUGUUGUUCCGAGUGCGCAGUCAUAAUACAACUUCAACUUAUACUCUCUGUAUGUCAUAAAAUUUGUUUUCUUAGCUACAGUUUCUUUUAUAUUCAUUCUGUGGGUUUACAGAUUUUUCAUUUGCUCUAAAUUAUCUGUAAUAUUCGUUAAAGCAUAAUGUCUCAUGCGCAAAUUUAACGCCGUCAUUUUCUUUCAAAAGCCCCUGCAUGUUCUUCUACAUCGAUAUUUCUGGUUUC